AUGGACAAAAAAUUAUCGUUUUAUUUAGACAAUGCAAAUUUUAAAGAAACUUUUAAAGUGAAAAAAAAGCCAAUAGAAAUACGAAAAUCUCAACAACAAGACAAUAAUUUACUAAAAAUCGUUAAUGGUGAAAUCUGUAUUGAUGCUAAUGACAUGUUUGUUAAUUUAAAUAAAGAUGUUGAUAUGGAAGUAUUAGAAGAAACGGGAAUAGUGACUUCUGCAACAUAUUUAACGAAAAAAAGAAGAAAUAAUAGAUGGACAAAACAGGAGACAGAAUACUUUUAUGAAGCACUAUCAUUAUGCGGAUUGGAGUUUACACUUAUUUCUGAUUUGUUUUUGAAUAAAGAUAGAAAAGCCUGUAGAAUGAAAUAUCACGCAGAAUGUAAAAAUAAUAAAAAUCGAAUAAAUGUAGCUUUAAAUAAAAAGGAGACAUUUUGUCCACAUAGAUAUGAAGAACUCAAAAUAAAAAUAAAAGAAAAAAGAUAA